AUGGAUUCAAAACCAGUAAGGAUGGUUAAUGUUGUUCCAAUAUCAAGACUUAAGAAAGUACCACUGCCAGAUGAUAGUGAAGACACUGUGGCAUGUCGUAUAUGCAAUAAGUCUUUUGCUAAUGAAGUUGCAUUGAAGAACCACAGUCGUAUUGAGCACAUUGAUGCUCUGCUUAGUGGCCAAGAUAUUUGUGUAAGAAAAAUUAAGGCUGUUGCAAUCUCAAAGGACAAAAGAAAAAAAGAAAUGCAAGAUGUAGAGUCAGAACACAUAAUUCUGUCUGUGGAACCAAUAGAUAUUAUGAACAUAGCCUUGGCACAGGAUUUUAUCAUAAAUAAGGAUGAAAAUGAUACAAAUUCAAGUGAUGGUGAGAAGAAAGCUAAAAGAGCUAAAAUAGAAAAGGUGAAAGUGGCCGUUAAGAAAGUUAAAGAAGUGAAGGCCAUCACCGGCCCCUUUGAGUGUCUUCAGCCAUCAUCUCUAGUUUCCGAUAGUAUAUGUCACCAGAUGUUCUUCUCUUGCUGCGAGUACUCGACACAUAUCAGAGACGAACACACGCGACGAAGGAAGGGUGUCAAGUGUCAGGUAUGCGAGAAACCACUCACCAUUGUUCUUGGAAAUGAACAGCUACCUUACACUUGUCAGUUUUGCGCCGCCGGCUUCGAACGCUGCAUGGAACUAUCCGACCACGUGACGAAACACCACAAUAAAAUAAAACCAUACCAAUGCACAGUUUGCAAUAAACGUUUCACCCAGCAGGGCGGCCUCGUCCAGCACAUGCGAGCGCAUUCGGGCGACAAGCCCUUUAACUGCACCUUCUGCCCUAAAUCCUUCACCCAAAAAUCCGGCCUAGACCAACACUUACGAAUACACACAAAAUCCAAACCAUACAAAUGCGUCAUUUGCAGCAAAGCGUUCUGUCAAUCUGUACACUUGCAACAACACAUGCGCACGCACACGAAUGUGGCGCCGUUUCAGUGUAUCAUAUGCCAGAAACGGUUCAAGCAAAGCAGCCAUUUGAAUUACCAUUUAAAAUACCACAACCCGUUGAACAUGACGGACGAGCAGAAAGAGAAAUAUACGGAGCUGAUGCGAAUGAUGGGCAAGGAGAGCGUCUUCGAAUUGCUCGACUCGAAAGGUGAAAGUGGGCUUGGAAGUGAAGGGAACGAAGUUAAAAGUGAAGAAGUGAUUUGUGUAGAGGAGGAAUUGGUGGUGGAUGGUCAGGAAUUGCUGGAACAUGAUCUCAAUGCAGUUGAAGUUGUUUAUUUAGAUUCAAUUUAG